AUGGAAAUGGAAGAGUUAAAGAUAUCCAAAGCAGAUAAUAGUGAUGACGGGGUGAUUAGAUCUGAUUCGUCAACUUCAAAGAGCAGGAGCAAACAUUCCAAAAAUGACACAGCCAUAAUUGAUCCGAAGAUCAAGUAUCCUACUUUCAAGGAUUUGCAGCUUAAGAGACGCCUUAAGGGCAAAGGUCCCCCUCGUACUUGGGAGAAGCUAAAGAAACUCAUGCGCAAGAAAUGUCAUGGAAAGGGGCAUAUUGCUUCCAAAUGUCCCAAUAAGAGAGCCAUCAUUAUCAAAGACAAUGGUGAGUAUGACAGUGAAUAUUCUAGUGAUGAUGACAUGCCCUCUUUGGUGACUGACUCUGAAUUGGAGAUUGAUGAAGCUGAACCUGUUACGGGAGAAGCAUUGGUGGCUAGAAGAUACCUAAAUAUUCAUAUAAAGGAAGAUGAUGAGAAAGAGCAUGCUGAGGCUAAAGUCACUACGCAGGUUUUGGUUUCUUUUUCUAUUGGGAACUAUCAUACUGAAGUUCUAUAUGAUGUGGAAUUUGGUGAUUUAUUCCCAAAUGAGAUACCUGAUGGGCUUCCUCCCUUAAGAGGAAUUGAGCAUAGGAUUGAUUUUAUUCCUGGAGCUUCUCUACCUAAUAGACCUGCUUAUAGAGCCAAUCCUGAGGAAACUAAAGAAAUUCAACGCCAAAUAGAUGAGCUUAUGAGGAAAGGCUUUGAAGCUAAAAAGGUGAAGUUGGCAGCAAUAGAAUUCACUGAUUAUGCCAUUGUUUGGUGGGAUAAAUUGGGUAUUAAUAGGAGGAAUAAUGGAGAGAGGCCUGUAACAACUUGGAGCGAAAUGAAAGCUCUAAUGAAGAAGAGAUUUGUUCCCAACCAUUAUUUUAGAGAGCUUUAUCAAAAGUUGCAGACCCUUACACAAGGUCCUAGGAGUGUAGAGGAGUACAAUAAGGAGAUGGAAUUGGCCAUGAUAAGAGCUAAUGUGCAAGAAGAUAGAGAAGCAACAAUGGCCCGAUUUCUAAGUGGGUUGAACAAAGAUAUAGCUGAUAUAGUUGAAUUGCAUCAUUAUGUAGAACUAGAAGACAUGGUGCAUAUGGCUAUUAAGGUGGAAAAGCAACUCAAGCGAAAAGGUGCUUCAAAAUUUCAUUCUGGAUCAACUUCUUCUUUCAAACAGAAUUGGAAGAAAGGAGAAAAAGCUAUCCAAAAGGAGACCACUAGAGGCAAAGAAGAAGCUUCAUCAAAGAGCAAAGGUAAAUCUGAUUCCCAAACUUCUAGAAAUAGGGAUAUAAAAUGUUUCAAGUGUUUGGGUACAGGUCAUAUUGCUUCUCAAUGCCCCAACAAGAGAGUUAUGAUUCUGAAAAAUAAUGAAGUUGUGACUGAAAGUGAGAGUGAAAGUGAUGACUCCAUGCCCCUACUUGAAGAUGCUAGUGAUGAUGGGAUUGAGUAUGCUGUGGAAGGAGAAUGCCUUGUGGUUAGAAGAGCCUUGAAUUGUCAAGUGAAGGAAGAUGAGUUGAAUGAGCAAAGGGAAAAUAUUUUCCAUACUCGCUGCCUCAUUAAUAACAAGGUAUGUAGUUUGAUAAUUGAUGGUGGGAGUGUUACAAAUGUUGCAAGCACUACAAUGGUUGAGAAAUUACAUUUGCCCACUGUUAGACACCCUAGACCAUACAAGCUGCAAUGGCUGAAUGAAUGUGGGGAGAUUAAAGUUGAUAAGCAAGUUCUUGUUUCUUUUUCAAUUGGGAAGUAUUGUGAUGAAGUAUUAUGUGAUGUUGUUCCUAUGCAUGCUGGACAUAUACUUUUGGGAAGACCUUGGGAAUUUGAUAGAAAGGAAUAUGUUGAUGUGUUCCCAGAGGAGAUUCCACCUGGAUUACCACCCAUUAGAGGAAUUGAGCAUCAAAUUGAUUUCAUUCCAGGAGCAACAAUUCCUAAUAGGCCAGCCUAUAGAAGCAAUCCAGAAGAGACAAAGGAACUUCAAAGGCAAGUGGAAGAGCUCAUGGCAAGGGGAUAUGUUAGAGAAAGCUUGAGUCCUUGUGCUGUUCCGGUACUUUUGGUCCCAAAGAAAGAUGGAACUUGGAGGUUUGUGGUGAGUGCUAAAGGAAUAGAAGUUGAUGAAGAAAAGAUAAGAGCUAUUAAAGAAUGGCCAACACCUAAAAGCAUAACUGAGGUGAGAAGCUUUCAUGGUUUGGCUAGUUUUUAUAGGCGCUUUGUCAAAGAUUUUAGCACACUUGCUGCACCACUCACUGAAGUUAUUAAAAAGUCUGUUGGUUUUAAAUGGGAUAAAGAACAAGAUGUUGCAUUCAUUAGGCUUAAGGAUAAAUUGUGUUCUGCACCUGUAUUAGUAUUGCCUAACUUUAACAAAACUUUUGAGAUUGAAUGUGAUGCAUCUGGAGUUGGAAUAGGAGCUGUUUUGAUGCAGGAAGGAAAGCCAAUUGCUUAUUUUAGUGAAAAGUUGAAUGGAGCAGCCUUGAAGUAUCCAACAUAUGACAAGGAGCUCUAUGCACUUAAAAGAGCAUUAGAGAAUUGGCAACACUACCUUUGGCCUAAACAAUUUGUAAUUCAUACUGAUCAUCAAUCUUUGAAGCACAUUAAGGGUCAAGGUAAGCUGAACAAGAGACAUGCAAGGUGGCUGGAAUUUAUUGAGACAUUUCCGUAUGUCAUCAGAUACAAGAAAGGUAAAGAAAAUGUGGUGGCUGAUGCAUUGUCAAGAAGGAUUGAUGGGUACUUGUUUAAAGAAAACAGAUUGUGUGUGCCUCAAUGUUCUUUGCGAGAAUUACUUGUGAGAGAAGCACAUGGGGGAGGAUUAAUGGGUCACUUUGGUGUGAAAAAGACUUUGGAUGUUUUGCAUGAACAUUUCUUUUGGCCUAAAAUGAAACGUGAUGUGGAAAGAAUCUGUGCUAAAUGCAUAACUUGUAAAAAGGCUAAAUCUAGAGUCUUGCCACAUGGUUUGUACACCCCAUUACCUGUGCCUAGUGAACCUUGGGUAGAUAUAUCAAUGGAUUUUAUUUUGGGUUUACCUAGGUCAAGAAAGGGUAUGGAUUCCAUAUUUGUGGUUGUCGAUAGAUUUUCUAAAAUGGCACAUUUCAUUGCUUGCCAUAAAACUGAUGAUGCCACAUACAUUGCUGAUUUGUUCUUUAAGGAAAUUGUAAGACUUCAUGGUGUUCCUAAAAGUAUUGUUUCUGAUAGGGAUACAAAAUUCUUGAGUCAUUUUUGGAGGAUUUUGUGGGGUAAGCUGGGUACUAAAUUAUUGUUUUCUACUGCUUGUCAUCCACAAACUGAUGGACAAACUGAGGUAGUUAAUAGAACUUUAACUCAAUUGCUUAGAACUGUGAUUCAAAAGAACUUGAAGAAUUGGGAAAAUUGCUUGUCAUUCAUUGAAUUUGCUUACAAUAGGAGUGUGCACUCAUCUACUGAUUAUUCUCCUUUUGAAAUAGUGUAUGGUUUUAAUCCACUAACUCCUUUGGAUUUAUUACCAUUGCCUAUGGUGUGGGUGCAUAUGAGGAAAGAAAGAUUUCCAGCUCAAAGAAAGUCCAAAUUAGCUCCAAGAGGAGAUGGUCCAUUUCAAGUGCUUGAAAGAAUCAAUGACAAUGCUUACAAAAUUGCUGAAAUAAAAUCAGCUACAGAUGAGUGCUCAAGUAGUUCAAUUGAGGAAUGGAUAAGUCGUCGACGAGGGAAAGAGCCGAUUGAUGCUGAGAGAGCAAGACUCAGCGAGGAUCGUGGUGGUGGCUGUCAUGAUGCUGGUGAGCCAUUCCCGAGUAUUCAUGACUACGAUCUAAACGAGGAGGAUAUCCUGAGCUUUAUGGAGCACGAUGAUAUCCAGCAGACUGAGGAGGCUCAUUUUUCAGGGGAUGAACAACCCCAUGGUGAUACUGGUGAGGAGGAGGAGCAGGUUCAGGGGAAUAAGAAUCCCCAUACUAAGCAGCGCCCUACUCCCAGACGCCAGACUGGUUUUGAAGUGGAAUUUGAGGGGAGCUCUCAGGCGAGCGCAGGAGCGAAGCGGCCGGGUUCCUCAUCCUCAGACAAGCUGCGAGAGGAGCUCAAGCGAGAGAUGGAGGCCAGGAUGGAGGAGCGUGAUCGUUAG